AUCAUUUAGAUUCAUACAUAUCAUUAAGACUCAACGAACAGAAGAAACAGAAGAAAUUUCAGUAAAAUACCUACAUGAGGAAAGAAGAGGUGUCUAGUCUUGUUAAUAAGUGAUAUAUAUAUACAUACAAUGCUCGCAUUACUAUCGCAUCGUGAGUGUCAAUGAGUCGUUAAUCUCCUCACGAUACAAAGUGUCUAUAAAAAGCCGCCGAAAGAAAGACGGCUCUUCAUACCAUCGCACCAUCGAUUGAAUAAAUCGAUAAUAAAUACACGAGCAAGACUGUUCUAAAAAUAUUUGCGGAAAGCAGUGAUGAAGAGAAGAAUCGUGAUAAUGAUGAGCCUGUCAUUUCUGAUAGCCCUGAGUGUUGCUGUCACCGGGUGUCUGGCGUACUAUUUAACCGAUAAUCACGAUGUUAUUAUCAAAAAAUCGGAAAUGCUCGUUAUCGACACUGACGCCGGGGGUGAUGAUGCCAUGGCUAUUCUCCUAGCUUUAGCCGCCUGGAAGAGCAACGAUUCCGAUUUUGAAGUCGUGGGUAUCACGUGUGUCUACGGCAACACCUUCGAGGAAAAUGUUGAGAUCAAUGUGCUCAAGACACUCACCAUUGCCAACGCAUCCGAGAUUCCAGUAUAUGGAGGAUCGCAGAAGCCUUUGAUAUCCAGCAAUUUUACUAGCGAAAAAUAUUUUGGAGAGGAUGGUUUCGGGGAUUUUGUUUUUGAGGAUACCAUUACAGCUAGAGUAGAUCGGUCCCGACACGCUGCCCUUGUCCUCGUCGAACUGGCUAAGAAGCAUAAAGGUGAACUCAACAUUCUGGCCCUAGGACCCCUCACCAAUAUCGCACUGGCCCUCGCACUGGACCCCCAUUUUCUCCAGAAUGUUAAAAGAUUGUACGUCAUGGGUGGAAGUGUCGCAGGAAUGGGAAACAAAUCUCCAGGGGUUGAGUACAAUUUCGGACAGGAUCCUGAGAGCAAUUUUGUCACUUUUAACUCGAUGACUUUUUAUAAUAAAUCCCUUUUAUUAUUCCCGUGGGAAGCUUGUCGCAGUACUAAGAUAAGUCGGGAAUGGAGAACGAAUGUGUUGGGUACUGUUCCCUCGACAUCUAUGAGUUUCAUGAACAAAGUAGAAAAAAAAAUCCUGAACGAAAAGUUCUGGACACCAGCCGACGUAAUGACAGCAGCAGUAAUGAUAUGGCCGAAUUUAUCAGUAAAAACAUUUUCGACUCGAGUCACCGCAAUAACCGACGGUGCAGCACGUGGAGGUCUUCUCGUGGACUACAGCGAAGCCCCUGAAUAUUCCAAUACCGACAUUAUUCAGGAAUUGGACCCUCAGUGGUUCAAGCGCAUUCUCCUCAAGUACUUGUCUAGAAAUUGAGCACCCAAAAAGAAAAAAAUAAAAGUU